GGCGGCGGCGGAGAAGGAGGCGGCGCGGCACGCCGAGGAGCUGCUGGCGGAGGUCGAGGCGGAGAAGCGCGCCAAGGGCAAGAAGGGCAAGAAGAAGAAGAAGGGCGGCGGGAGCGGCGGGGCUGGGCCGUCGCAGGAGGCCGAUUCGCCGGCAGAGGCAGCGGCAGCCAAGCCCGCGCCGUUGGACAGGGAGGGGCUGCUCAAGCUUCUCGCGGAGCUCCACGAGGACAGGAUCCGGUUCGGCAUCACGCCGGAGACGUCGGUCGAGGGGUUGGCGGAGGCGCUGGGAGAGGCGGCGGGCGAGGCGAGCGAGGAGGAGGGCGACGAGGAGACGGCGGAGGCGGCCGAGGAGGAGGGCGAGGAGGAGGGCGAGGAGGCGGCAGCGGAGGCGGCAGCGGAGUCGCGCCGGCAGGCUGAGGCGGAGGCUGCGGCUGUGGCGGCGGCAGAGGAGGAGGAGGCUGCCGCAGCGGAGGAGGAGGCGGAGGAGGCGGCAGUAGCGGCGGCCGAGGCGGCAGCGGCGGCGGCAGAGGCGGCGCUCGCCGCAGCCAAGGCGAGGCGCGCGUCAGGUGCCGCUGCGAGGGACAGGGCGCGGGAGGCGGCCUAG